CAUUAUUAUCUUGGGCUAUAGGCGUCAUUUAUAUCGUCAAUUUCAUUUCUGGCGGGGGCGCAACUGUUCUGAUCUCUUCUUACCGCCAGGAAAUACCGACUCGGCCAAGAUGGAUUCGUUCGCUCUCACCGAAGGCCUUGUCCCUGAGCACAACAGUCAAGAUGGCCACGAGUCCGAAAACACCCCCGGAAAGCUGCCGGAGGGGGCCAACAAAUUCCAACGCGCCAUUGCCGCAUGGAGAGGCAUCGAUCUGACCAACACUGUCGCAAAGUUGGAUGGUACCGCCUCGGACAUUGUUGCUGAGCAGCGGGAUGCGCUUGUCCAGAGGAAAGAUCUCGCACAGAAGACCAAGGAUUUUAGGAAGCUUGAUGACUCGUCCAAGCUUGCGGAGUACAAGGGUCUCUUGAAAGCGUACCAAAGCUUCAUUGACGUCUUGACCAACCAAGGAAAGGCCUCGUCAUCCGCCUUCUUGCAACUCUAUUCGUCUCUUUCGGAAGCGCCCGAUCCUUAUCCGCUCCUCGAAACCUCGGUCGAUUCUCUCGUCCACUCCGAAGAGACCGUCCCCAAGCUAACCUCCGAACGGAACCAUCUACAAGGGUCGGUGGAUCGAUUGACUUCCCAGCUAGAGGACACGGAAAAGCGACUCGAGGAAGAACGGACCGCGCGGAAGAAGUUGGAGGACACCCAAGAGUCUCGAAUUAAGGAGAUCGAGACUUCCUGGUCUGCGGUGUUGUCGGAGAAGGAGAAUAACUGGACCGCCAAGGAGAAGACACUGGAGGAGAAGGUGGAGAACCAGGAGCGCUUGCUGAAGGAGGUCAAGGCCAGCUAUGAAGUCUCCCAACGACUGGGGCAAGAUAAUGAAGGCGGCGAUAGCGCUCAAAAUGGAGCAACCGCUGCUGAGCUGGAGUUCGUGUCGGCCGACCUAGAGAAGACCAAUCUUCGACUUGCCGAGGUCGAGGCGAGAAAUGAACAACUGCGGCUUGAGCUGGCUCAAGCGGCGUCGCAUUCUCACCCGGACCAGCCCUCGUCCGUCGAAGACGACCCAUCAUACCUCCGCCUCCAGUCGGAGAAUUCCUCUUUGCUACGCAAGUUGGAUGCGGCCCGAUUUGAUAAGGAUUCUGACCGUCACUCGUGGGAGGCCAAGGUCUCUCAGGCGGAACGACAAAGCGCCAAGGUAUUGACGGAGAGGGACGAUUUGAAGUCCAGGCUGGAGAAGUUUUCCGACUACGAAGAAAUUCGCCGGGAGCUGGAAAUGAUCAAGUCUAUUGAAUUUUCUCCCGGUGACGACGAUGAUGGUGAAAUAAAUACUGCGGCUGCCAACGGGGCGGCCGCCGCAACCAAGGAUGGAUCUAAGAACAGCUUGGAGCAGCUUCUGUUGGCCAGGAACAAGAAGCUCACCGACGAGCUCACCGUCCUUCGAGUCUCCCAUCGCGAUCUCCAAGGCCAGCUCGAGACUCUUCGGGAGGACCUCUCGAUGACAAAGGAGGAACUCGAGAAGUCUCAAAAGCUCUCCACGACCCUGGAGAACGAUCUUCUCCGCGUGCAGCAAGAAGCCGCCAACACCUUCCCGUCGACGGCGAUGUCUGUCGCCGGAACCUACACCACCCGACAUCCAUAUUCGGCUCGCAAAGGGGGCAUUUCCCCGACGUCGUCGAUCAUCUCCGGCUUCGAUCAGUCAGCUGCCUCCCCCUCGAUGGAUUCGAUCCGCGCAGGGGAGCCCGUUGGCGGCGGCUCCGGCCUUCUACCCAUGAUCCAAGCCCAGCGAGACCGGUUCAAGAAGAAGAACACCGAGCUCGAGGAGGAGCUGUCGAAGACGUACAACGCCGUCAAAUCUCUCAGACAAGAGGUUGCCACCCUCCAAAAGGACAACCUCAGUCUCUACGAGAAAACGCGUUACGUCUCGGCAUACAGCCGCGGCCAGGGGUCCACAUCGACAGCAUCUACAUUCGCAAACCAGCCAGCAACCUCCUCCGUCCACUACUCAGCAGACACCCCAUCGGGACUUUCCCUCGACCGGUACGAAUCCGCCUACGAAGCCAAGCUAUCCCCCUUCGCCGCGUUCCGAGGACGCGAGUCAGUCCGCGCCUACAAGCGCAUGAGCCUACCCGAGCGGAUCGUCUUCUCCUUAACCCGGAUCAUCAUGGCCAACCGCACAAGCCGGAAUCUCUUCGCGGGGUACUGCUUCGCGCUGCAUAUCCUCGUCUUCACCAUGCUAUAUAUGAUGAGCUCGAUGGAGAUCGAAAAGCACAGCAGCGCGAGCCUGGGCGCCGCGGCGGGGACGAUAGCGCAGAAUAUGAGAAAUGGGGGGUCCAGCGGGGGAGGCCACCCGUUACACGGCGAUGAUUGGCAGGAGGCAGGCUUCGACCACUCUUCCUAGUAAGUUGUUGUCGGACUGGUUCGUCAUGUAGUAGUAUUAUUUCCCAGGAUUACCCCGACUGUUGGC